CACGCUCUCCCUAAGAGUGAGGCAUGUGGGUGGUGGAAGCGAGACACCAUUAUAAAUGCGCAUAGACGAUAUGGUUCUAUAGACGAAGCACCACCGUUGCCAUCGAUCCCAUCUCAUCUCCCCUGCAUUAGUUUUCUCUUCCAUCUCUCUCGCCGCGCCCCACGAGCUCGAGCAGCAGCAUGACGUCGUCGUGCAAGGUGAGCGGCUGCUGCGACGACGACUGCUGCAAGCGGCGCAGGCUCUACCGCGUCAUCUUCGCCUGGAUCCUGGCCUUCAUCAUCCUCAUCCUCCUCAUCAUCCUCAUCAUCUGGCUCGUCCUCCGCCCCACCAAGCCCAAAUUCUACCUCCAGGACGCCUCCGUCUACGCCUUCAACGUCUCCUCCCCGGACAACCUCCUCUCCUCCACCAUCCAGGUCACCAUCUCCACCCGCAACCCCAACGACCGCGUCGGCAUCUACUACGACCGCAUCGACGUCUUCGCCUCCUACAAAUACCAGCAGAUCACCCCCGCCACCGCCGUCCCUCCCUUUUACCAGGGUCACAACGACGUCGACCUCUGGUCACCGUACCUCUGCGGCGUCUCCGUCCCCGUCGCGCCUUACCUCGCCGAGGCUAUCUCCCAGGACCAGUCCUCUGGUUUCAUCCUCGUCCACGUCAAGAUCGACGGCCGGAUCCGGUGGAAGGUGGGCUCCUGGGUCUCCGGUCACUACCACCUCUUCGUCACCUGCCCGGCCUUUCUUUCUUUCGAGUCGGGGAAGGGCGUCGGCGACCCGCCGGUCAUCAAGUUCCAGCAGAUCUCCACCUGCAGCGUCGACGUCUGAUAAUAUCUAUAUAUCUUCGACGCCGGUGAGCGGUCCCCGGGUCCUUCUCUUAUUUCUGAAACGGUGGAAUUUCCGGGGUUGGAUGAGGAGAGAAGAGGGUUAGAUUUUUCUUUUUUCACGUGUAUUCAUGUAAUUGCAAGUUAAUUGUGAAUUACGCAAUCAUGUUAGAUUGGAGCUUUGUAAAAGUAGUUCAUUAAGGUCAUGGGGAUCGUCUAUUUACAGGGGAGGGGACACCCCAUAUAUAUGUGGGUCUAGUUCUCUUUUGGACUUUGUUAUGAUUUACUGAACGCAUUCUUAUUUCAAUAAAAAGGGGAACUAAUGUACAAACAAAAUAAAGGAGGAACUAUGUGGUUCCUCCAUUUUCGGUUAAUUAAAAAAAAAAAA